GUGGACAAAGUGCUGCUAACGAACACUUGCGCAGGAUGGAAGGGCGCACGGAAGCUUUGUGCUGAUGUGGUCGCCAUGCGAAACACACACAGACAGAGAUCCACCCUUAACAGACUGUUGGGGCAAUGCUGUUCGCGAGUAUCUUCAAACACACACACAACACACUCACUGCACUGCACGGGAAUUCCGACACGCGUGCACGUUCCGUAGACUUAGAUUUAAAUACACACAGGGAGAACGCGGACGAAGUUUAGCGAGCAAAUUCCCCCUUACCACCCACCCCGUCUACAUCACGACUGUUGCCCGUACGCUGUUAGAGGCGUCCGACAAGACGAGAGCGCGAGUCGAUGCACACUGCUAUGGUCCCGUGUCGCUGGCUACGACUGCUGCUGCUGUUGACGGCGAUUUAAUUCCGAGAGGGACACGGGCACGCGCGCGCUCACUGAACUUGCGCUUGUGAGUGAGAUUAUGAUGAUGAUGAUGAUGAGGAUGAUGAUGAUGGUGAUGGUGAGCGCGGACUCGACACGGGGCAGGACGAGUGCGUGCCCGAGUCGCUAAGACGAGGACCGGAUCGCCACGUGCGGUGCAAGAGGCGACGGCACGAGGAGGACGGAGGAGAGAGUUCAUCAGGGAGGGGUGGGAGGAGUGGGCGGGUGGUGGUCGUGGUUGGCGGUGGUGGGUGGGGGGGGGGUAGAGCACAUUGGUAGCGAUCAAGCUGUGGCUACGGCUGCCCUUACAACCAGAGUAGUCAGCGAAAGCAGCGAGCGAGAGAGACAAGGAGAGAGAGAGAGAGCGCGCGCGAGUGAGAGCGAGCGAGGGCUCUCCUUCAUCCCCGCCCGCGUGGCCUCCCGCCCUCUUCACCAACACGUGCCCCCACCCCCCGCACCAUCUUCGGACCACUCCUGUCUCUCUCUCUCUCUCUCUAAGGUUGUCCUCUCCUCUCUCGCCCCCUUCGUUCGUCUCCUGUGCCCGGGUGUCGCUCUCUCUUGUCCACCCACCCCCACCCCCACCAUCACCCGGCGGCCGCACGGGUCAUGAUACACACACUCCAGGCGCAGUUCGCCGACAUGUCGGAGAGCGCACGCUGCCAGCGACGCAAGCAAGCGAAUCCUCAGCGCAAACAAGCAAUGAUGCAUUUCGAAAACGGGACCGGCGGUCCUCUUCCUCGGCAGUCAGUCGAGGAGGAGGGGGAGGAGGAGGAGGAGGAGGAUGAGGAAAACCGGAUCUCCGCCCAAGAACUGGACUGCUUAUUCCAGGAUCCGCUCGACGGGCAAUCCAGCCCGGACCUUACAGGUGGCGAGAGCCCCACGGGCGAGAUGCAGGACAACGGAUGCGACGGGGAGGAGGAGGAGGAGGAAGACGACGACGACUGCGGGAACGACCACGAAGCCAGCGAGAAGGAAGGCAACUACUCAGCCUGGGCGGAGGCAGCGAAAGAGUUAAUAUCCCCAACGGAGCCUGUCACAAUGAAAGUGGACAGACCCAUGCUGUGUGCUACUGCUGCCCUUGGAUCCGACGUGGGAAGUGAGUCUGGUGACGGAAGCGUGAGCAAGCUUGAGGACUUCUUUGGCAAGGGAAAGGUGGAGGGAGACGAGAGGCACGCCGAGACCAUGACGGCCUUCUUUCGGCAGCGGGAUACAGUGGCGGCAGUGAUGUGCGCCAAGGAGCUCGAGUUUUCGCUACGAAACGGAACACCUGAAACGAGCAGCACUGAGGAGCAUGACGCGUCCGUCGGGGGGGUGCCGGACUCCUUCGCUCAGCUGCUGUCGUGCCCCUUCUGCGAACGGGGCUACCGCCGUCUCACUUCCCUCAAGGAGCACAUCCGCAGCCGGCACGAGGCCGGGGCCCUCCUGGGGCCCGGAGGGCCCGGCGGUUCGGGAGGUCCCGGCUCCCUCACGUGCCAGACCUGCGGCUGCUCCUUUGUCUACCGAUCGCAGCUGGAGCGACACCUGGCAUCAUCCCACGGGUCUCCCCGCGAACAGGCUCAGGCGUGGGCCCAGAAUGUUGCCAACCGGAAGUUCAAAUGUUCCGAGUGCGGGAAGGCCUUCAAGUACAAACACCACCUGAAGGAACACCUGCGGAUUCACAGUGGCGAGAAACCGUACGAAUGCUCCAACUGCAAGAAGCGAUUCUCCCACUCGGGCUCCUACAGCUCCCACAUCAGCAGCAAGAAGUGCAUCGGGCUGGGCGUGGGCGCCAACGCGGCUCUGAGCGGCGGCGCUGGCGGGAUGCGGGCGCGCCUCGCCGGCAUGAGGCCCGACUCCCUCUUCGCCCUACAUGCCCGCGGGGUCGGGGGCGUCGCGCUGCCCUUCGACCUCGGAGGCCGCAUCGACCUCAUGCACAUGAUGAGGCGGCGCCUCGAGAGCUUCAGCGCCGCCGCAGGUCACGAGGUCAAAACGGAGCACAACGGCGGAGACUUCUCGGACCUGCAAGGCGGCGGCGGCGGUGGCGUCGGCGCUAGGCGGCACAGCUCGCCGACGUACGACGAGCCGAGGAAUGGCAACUGCCGGCCGGGGAGCCCCGCUCGCAACGGCGGCGCGCUGCUCGGCCAACCGUGGGAGUACGGGGCGCCCGCCGUGAAGAUGCACCACGCCUCCCCGGGCCGCGACGACGGCAAGGAGGCGCAGCGGACGAAGGCGUUCGUGGACGGAGCGGCGCCCUGGCCCAAGGAGCAGGACUUUGGCGAUGGGUCCAAACCGGGGCACCUCGAUGACGCCGCCGCCAGCGCCGUGUCCAUCAAGAAGGAGUCGUCGGGCCCUCACCACUACAGACACCUCGUGCCGCCUGCCGGCUUCGGCGCCAGCUACAGGAAUGGCGAGGUGAAGAUCAACGGGAUGAGCGUCGCGGACGGCGGUGGCAAGACGCGCCAGGGUCAGAACGGCGACGUCGGCGGCGGGGGCGGCCACCACGUGAAUGGCUCGUGCGCCGAGAAGCCCCUGAAGUGCGACCAGACGGACGAGAAGCCGCCGUUUCCCUUCGGGGACGCGUUCCGCUGCCAGUACUGCAACGAGGCCUUCUCGGGCCCCAUUCCCCUGCACCAGCACGAGCGCUACCUCUGCCUGAUGAACGAGGACAUCAAGGCGAUUCUUCAUCCCAACGACGGCAUCGUCCCGGCACACCACGGGAAGAAGAUGCACCUGGCGAGCUCCCCGAUGCCUUACGACAAGACCUUCGCCGCCUACCCCCUGCAAAAGGACCACCUUGCCUCCUUGCUCCGGGCGUUCUUCGCUCUGAACAUGGAGCCGAGCGUCGAGGACCUCGCCAAGAUAUCCGUGCGCGUCGGCCUGCCGCCCGAGCUCGUCAAGGACUGGUUUGAGAAAAUGAGGGCGUAUUCGGGAAGCCCCAAGAAAAUGGUGGACGGCCAGCAGGCACCGGACUACUACGGCGCGGGCGAUUCGGUGUUCUUGCCGCGGGGCAAAGAGCACGGCGGCUACCCGAGGCCGCCACCGCCACCGGCGGCAGUUCACGAACACGCCGAAGCGCGAGGGCCAUGCCAAGCCGACGAUCGCCCGCCACAAGAAAUGGACGGGGCGUCUUCGAAACGGGCGAGAGCGGACGAAGGCCGCCAGGGCGCCCUGGUGCACGUGCGCGCCGACAAGGGCUGCUCGGCGGCGAAGCCGGGCCCUGCCCACGGGACGGACGCGCCGCACGCUCCAUUCCUGCGGAAUGGCCACGGAGUCGACGGAUCGCAGCAGCAGCAGCAGCAGUCAGAGCCCCUCGACCUCUCCCUGCCAAAGCAUUUGGCAACCGAGAAAGAGUUCGAAGACGAUGGCGGCAGUAGUAAUAAUAACAACAACCACAACAACAAGGCCCUUCCUUCAGGCUGCAUCAGCCCCGUGAAAAACCACAACCGGGGCGGGGAGCCGCCAAACAUCGCCUACUUCAAGAGGAGGCUCGAGCUGGGGGUGGAGAGGGCAGAUAUGGGGCAGCGUGACUUCCAUCUGGGCUCGAAAUCCGUUCUGGGAUUCCCACUCUUUGGGGCCAAGCCGGUGUUCCCGCACUUCCCGUCGUACGGAGUGGGGCCUCCGUUCCACCCGGCGGCCGCUGCGGCCGCGGCCGCCGCUGCCGCCGCGGGCCUGAUGUCGCCGGGCCACCACGGGGGGCUGCCGGGUCUGGUGAGACCCUAUGGAGGAUUGGACCAGGUCGGGCUGCUGUCCUACCUUACGUUCCCGUACGGGUCGCCGGGAACCGCGCUGCCGGGCGAACUCCGGCACGCCAACAAACUGCACCACAAGUUCGGGCUGCAGGGAAACCUGCUGGAGCUGGGCCCCAUGGCGCUCAAGCUGCCGGAGAUGGAGGUCCCGGCGGGGCCGUCGGCAGCCAAGGCGCGCCGCCUGGAGGUGCCCAACCCGGCCAGCGGCAUCGCGGCGCCUGUCGGGGGGGUCUACACGUGCAACUUGUGCGACAAGGCCUUCCAGAAGAGCAGCUCGCUCAUGCGCCACAAAUACGAGCACACCGGCAAGCGGCCCUACCAGUGCCAGGUGUGCGCCAAGGCGUUCAAGCACAAGCACCACCUGAUCGAGCACUCGCGCCUGCACUCGGGCGAGAAGCCGUACCAGUGCGACCGCUGCGGCCGGCGCUUCUCGCACUCGGGCUCCUACUCACAGCACAUGAACCACCGCUACUCCUACUGCAAGCGCGAGGCUGACGAGAGAAGCGUGCAGCACCAGCAGCACCAGCAGCAGCAGCUGCACCAGCAGCAUCAGCAGCAGCAGCAGCAGCAUCAUCAUCGGUUCGAGCAGCAGCUGCAGCAGAUGCAGCAGCAGCAGCAGCAGUUCGACGUUGACGACGCGGCUAGCGGGAUCGAAGCCGAGAUGCCACGGGAAUCGUCGUCGUGGGGGGGCGAGCAGCACGUGACGGCGCGAUCGCGACCCUCGCUCGGGGAAGAGGAGGUCAGCGACAAAGAGGAGGAGGAGGAGAAGAAGGAGGAGAGGGAGGAGGAGGAGGAGGAGGAAGAAGAGCGCGACGGGGCCGGCUACGAGCCCCAGGGCUGCGCCGUCGGGCCCGACAGCUCGGCCACCGAAAUGGACGAAAGCUCCGACGAGAACGAACCCGAGGCCAAGUCGAGCCGAGACGAGCAGGACGCGGCGGAAGACUUCUGAGACGUGGGAGCGGCGGCGGCGGUGACACUGCCGAGAUAUAUAAGCCGCGACUCGCGCACGGAGCCCCGGCAACCGCGCGCGGAUGUUGCCACGGCGGCCCUGGGUGUCACGGGAACAGGCUCCGAUCCGCGCGACGUCGGAGAACAAAGGUGGAAGAAGAGUUCCCAUCGCGAGAGACUGAUGGCUGCGUGCACGGGGGUGGGGGGGGGAGGGGGGGAAAGCACUUAUGAAAUUAUUAAUUGACUUCCCCGUUAGCCCCUGCACGCAAAACAACAUGCCAACCGUCCUUGCUACUAUACAAUAGACUUAAAUAUUCGACAAUUUUUUGACAUUCGUUUGAGUGAUCUUUCGAGUGAGACGGCGAGAGCGGUACAAUUAUUUUAUUUAGCGGUGUGUGCCACGCGCCACUUGUGGGUGUGCGUUUUCACACAGAGCAAGCGACAGGUACCACCGCGUGGACCGCCGUCAACAAAUGCAUCGAAGUUAUUCCAUCGCUGCUAAUGAUAUACAUGGUACUUUCCGACGAUCUUUCGUGCAUUGAUGAAAAUCCCACGGUGUGUGUGUGUGUGUAUGUGCGCGUGUGUCACGCCACUCAAAAUGUAAAUAACAUUAGCCCAAUGUAACCCGCUAUGCUGUGUGUGUGUCUACACUGUUUGUGUACGUGUGUUAAUACAUCGCACGGUGCAACUUAAUCUGCCAGUUGUUUUGGAAAGCAGUCACCUAUAUAAUAAACCGCUCGAGAUAUUUAGUGCAAAUGCAUUUCACGUAAACGCAUAUAUACAUACGCCAGUGUAAUAUAUCACAUCAUCUUCAUACAUCACCCACCGUCAAAAGUUUUGGCUACCUUCACGAUGAAUUCGCGUCGCGUCACCGUCGUCAACCGUUAGUGGUGUAACUAUGCAUCGAUUCGUCAAUUUAAUAUCGAUUAUACAGCUCCCCAAACACAGUACACAUGCCAACGUUGGGGCGUAUCGUUGGAACCGUGGGAUCAGCAUUGGCCUAAACGUCCCACGUUUGCUGGCGCGACGCAUACGCAUCGCAUGGCGCGCUUAACACUUUCAGCGGCGCGCGUGCCGCGAUCGGUCGACACGACCCCUCCGGGCGGUGCACGCGGUUCCAUCUCCGUCACGAUGCAGUCGUGAAGCAACAACAAAACAAGCGGAACUCAGUUCUUCGAUCAAAUCGUGACCUGCGAUCGCGACGAACCCAUCGCGCCACGGUGGGACGGGGUGAAUCGUUAACACUCCCUCGCGCCGCUCGCGGAUGUCUGCAUACGGGCGCGGGCCUCGGUGCCACGCGGGCGAGGUUGCACCUGGGUGGUUGUGGUGGUGGCGGCGGUGGUGGUGUCGUCGACUUUAGAGCAUUACCGAGGAUAGGCGCUCCGGCACGCCGAUUUUUCGGAGGUGAUGACGGCGAGGUUUACACCCCCCCCCCCCCCC